UUUAUAGUUUGUUUACACUGCGAUAUGUAUAAUCUCGCCCUGUGUACAAAACGUUGGCCAUUCGUCUAACCCUUGACGUUUUUCGUCAAAUUUCCUGUUUGGAAAUUGGUUUGUUAGACGUUCUCAACCUUUUAGCCUAAUAAGCCAAAGGUUGUGAAUAUUAUGAUGUCUCGGUCUGUACGUGCAGAAACAAGAAGCAGAGCGAAAGAUGACAUCAAGCGGGUCAUGCAAGUGGUGGAUAAGGUUCGGCGAUGGGAAAAAAAAUGGGUUACAAUUGGAGACACUACUAUGAAAAUUUAUAAAUGGGUACCUAUAAUAUCCAAUGAUCAGAAAAAAAAGUCCAAAGAACAUUCUCAUGCUAAUAAAGAAAAUAUAUUAGGUAAAAGACCCAUGGAAGUGGCAUCAAAUUUCUCUAUGGCUGACGAUUCCAAUACAUCCUUCUCAAUAAGUGAUUCCCACUCACAAGAACCUUCAGAAUUCACUGCACAUCAGUUGGCUUUCUCUGAAGACUCAAAUUCUCAGAGUAGUGAACCUCCAACAAAACAAAUAAAAACAGAAUAAUUCAGUGACUCUCAUGGCUAAUUUUAAAUUAAAUAACAACUCCCGUCCUUUCUAUUUCUCUUAUGCUUUCUUCCUGCUAUAUUUUUUUACUAUUAUUAUUACCUAUUUGUUUGUCUAUAUGUAAUUUUUUGUAAAAAAUUGUGAAACUACCUCUAUUUAUUAAUGUUUAUUUUGUAAAAAAAAGAUUAUUUUCUGAGUGCCAAUGCUGUUAUUAAGUGUUGUAAACAAUUCAUUGUACUUUACCUGUAUCCCCAAAUGACAAACACUCCUUAAUGUCGAAUUUUUUAUACUAGGUGCAUGGAACAUGAAAUUUGUGUAAAUAUUUUACCUUUAAUUUAAGUUAAUUUUUUUUUUUUUAUUUUUAAAUUUAUUCAUAAUUGACUAAUGAGUAUAAAAUAAUUGGAUCAAAAAUAUAAAGAUGAUGACAAACCAA